AUGAAAGACCAGACGGUAUGCAGUUAUAGUUUUACAGAAUUGUUGAAACAAGUUCCAGAAGUUCUUAUUAGCGGAUUGAAGGGUAAGGCUGCUGAGUGGGCGAUUAACAAAUAUAAAUUGCACCGUCGUUUACCAAAGAGCAUUGAAAAAUUAAUAGAAUAA